GGGCAGUUGAUCCCCUAGAAAAGCAGAGGGCAUCCAUCGUCCUUAAUUAACUUUCUCUUGGAAAAGAGAAGAUAGAGCUAUGCUCUCUUGCCACUGAAAAGUACCCACCAAAACUCCCACUUCACUCGUUUCCUCCAUGGCUAGAAGAGAGAUUGAUGGUUGGUGAGACUAGCAAAGGAGUUAUAGAUUAAAGCAGGUUCACUGUCAUUGAAGGAGACCGAUGAAUUUGUGACUCAAACAAAGAAACCAAGGCUACCCAAAGGUGUUGUUUUGAAGUUUAAGCUACGUACUGGUAUGGAAUACGAUGAUGAGCAAAUCCAGCUUGCUCAUUAUAUAUUUUUAGUCAAUCUGCCACCUGACGAAGUAUUGGUCAAAACCUCAAACAACUCUUGUACCAGGAAGUCAUUGUGGUCCUUAAGCCCUCGCUCAUUCGUAGAUGCUGAAGUUAUAACAGCGGUGGCCUGUCACUUUACUCUAGAAGAGUUGUGGACAAAUUCUAAGGACGGAAAAGGAGUGUGCUAUCUGCCUGCUAAACUACAGGAACUAGUGAUUUCAUGUGGAAUAACACCCAAGAGGGCAUUAGACCUAUACAAAUCAAAAUUUCUUAGUCGAACCAUUAUGGUGAGCAAGGUAUGUGUUCCGAUGAGAGAUAAUGUCCAUUGGUAUUUGGCUGUCAUUAAGUUGGACAAGGAAGAAGUCCAUAUCUUGGAUCCACAACCAACUGAAGACCGCAAUUCCUUUCGACUACAAUCUGUUCAAACAAUGAUGAGAUUUAUACAAGCCUCGUGGAAGAUUCUCUAUCGUGAACAAGGUCCGGGAUUGUCGCCACCAAGGAUUGCGGAGUUUUCGUACACAAAUCCUUCAAAGGAUCAAGAACAACUACAUCGGUCUGACAGUGGAGUCUGAGUCUGCAUGUGGAUGUAUGACGCAAGCUGGGACUCCUCUUAUAUUUGGCCAUGCACUCAAGUGAGGAGGAUGCAGAUCGCUUUGUACCUUGUUCGAGAGCCCAUGAACUACAUAAGGCAUACGGUGCUCACGGAAGCAAGAACAGUUGCACCUCAAGUUGAAGCUGCAGUCGAAGAGUACAAGAAAGCCCAUGAAAGGAGGAAAAAGGAAAGAGAAGAGCACAAGGAAACCCAGUCAAAGAGCCCAAGGACAACCUGAUUUUGCUUUUUUUUUCCAAGAUGAUGGACAACCAUGUUAUGUUUUGUUUUUCAAGAUGAUGGACAACCAUUUUUGGUUUGGUUUGGUGAAAGCUUUCUAUAUUUGUUUUUUGGUUUGGUUUGUUUUGUUUUUUCGUGGAAACUAUAUUGACUUUUCGUGGAAAUUAUAUUGACUUUUCGGACAGCCAUCCCUUCCGAAUCGAGU